GAGAGAGAAUCCUAACAAACAGUAACUAAAUGAUGCUAAUAAUUUUCGCGUGAAUAUUUUCUACUACUCCAGUCUCGCUUUCUCCGAUCCUAGCCCCCCCCCCCCCCAAAAUUCAGCUUCUAGGGUUCAAUGGCCGAGCAAUCCCGGUCGCCGGCGACACCGGCAACGACGAUAACCGACCUAAACGAAGACUGCAUAGCUCACUGCGCCGGCCAUCUGAGUCUCGGCGACGUUUGCAAUAUGGCGAUGACUUCCUCCGCACUCAAACGCCUCGCCUAUUCCGAUUCCAUUUGGCAACGCUUCUUCAGGGAGCACUGGCAUCUAGAGUUACCUUGGCAUUCGAGUGGAAACGGAGGAGGAGGAGGAGCGAGGGGAGUGUAUAUGGUCAGACACGCGGCGUUGCGACAGUUCAAGUUUGUCGACCCUUUCGUUCUCGACUUUGAUGCACACGCUAAGCCUUUCGACCAGUUGCUCCUCCACAAAAAUCACCUUUUCUACUCACAGGGUUCACGUGUGGAAGUGAUAGAUUUGGAUGGCUGUCUAAAGAGAACAACAACAGAUUUUUUCCAUUCGUUAUGUUAUCAUAAAGCAAGAAUCACUUGUAUGAGGUUGUUUCCACUUAAUGAAAUGACUUCAGUAUUUCGAGGCGAUACACAAGGGGAGCAAAAUGUUUUAGUUACCUCCAGCUGUGAUCACUCCAUUCGUCUUUGGUGGAAGGGUUCAAGCCUGCGGUGCUUUAGAGGUCACAAUGGUCCUGUGUUGUCCCUAUCAAAUAAAUUAUUGGGAGAGGAUGGCAGCAAAGUAUUGGCAAGUGGAGGAGAAGAUGGUACUGUUCGACUAUGGUCCCUUGGCUCAAGUGGCAAACGAGGACAGCGUGCUUUGAAGGCUACAUUCUAUGGGCAUGAAAAACCUGUAAAUUUGAUGUCAGUUGCCGGGCACAAAACUUCGCUUUUGGUGACCAUCUCAAGAGAUUCUAAGGUAAGGGUUUGGGAUACUGGCACUGCUACAUCAUCUGCUGUUCGUACCUCCUGUUGCGUUGGGAUGGCUUCUGUUCCUGGUACACCCCUAAACAUGAAAUGCCAUGAAUCACUAUUGUAUGUGGCUGCUGGUUCCUCUGUUGCUGCAUUUGAUUUAAGGACAAUGCAGAAAGUUAUCACCGCAGCUGUACAUCAACCAAAGCUGUGUUCCUUUGAUGCUGUCCCUUCAAAGUAUUUAAUAUGCACAGGCGGUAAUGGCAGGGCAAUGCUCUGGGAUGUUAGGAGAAAUCAAGAAUCAUUAAAACCAGAACCGAUAGCCGAGUUGGAUGGACAUUGUGGCCAAGUAACUUUACUGCACAUGGAUCCAUACAAAAUAGUUACUGGCGGCCCUGACAAUGCUUAUGUGAAUGUAUGGGAAGUUGACACUGGUGUACAAACAAAUUCCCUGCUUUGCUCUUCAACUGAUGAUGCUGGAUCUGGCUGUGAUGCCAUGGCUGUAGAUGGUUGUAGAAUUACUACUGCUAGCUAUUAUGAAGAUUUGGGUGUUCUGCGUUUUAGGGACUUCAACCAUGCUACAAAUCCUGUAACGAAACUAGAAAAUGAACCGUCAUCAAAAUUUUGGAUUUCUAUGUCUGAUGAUGACAGGGAUGACUGAUAAUCUAGGUAGCUCCCAUAAUUGCAUAGAUCAACAUUUGUUUUUUUAUUUUUUUUCAUUUUCAGUUGGUUAGAAUGUUACUUUUGUACGGAAUAUUUAUUAUGUUUAAGAUCAAAGGAUGAUAUCCAAUUGCUAAAAUA